AUGCAAGGGAUCAAGGAUCCAACUCUAAAAGUUCCAAUAAGAAAUACAUUUACAUCACCAAACUUGUUACCAUUACACAACCAAUUGUUCAACCGAAGCUUCCCCAAAUUGAUCCUAAGGAUAGAGGAAAAAAAGGUUAUCUUCAAGACAAAGAAUGAGUUAGCUAAAGAAGCUCAAAUGGAAACAUAUGAAGAGUUAGCAAAGCAACUUAUGGAUAAGGAGUUAAAGUCUAAGCAAGAGGCGGUUAUCAAAAAGAAAUCUUCAGAGAUCUCGCCUGAAGAAAGAAAUUCCCUACAGCCCCUAAGGCAAUAUGUGCUCGACAUGGUUAUUGAUUUCAUUGUUGAUUGGGAAAUUGGACAGGUAGGAGAAAAUGAAGCUGACGAGCCAGAUUUGGAUCUAAAUAUGGAAAAUGAGUCACCUGGGAACAUACUGAAGAAACCACAUAAAGGAGUUGUAUUCUCUUCUAAAGGUUGA